AUGGUCUCCAAUUUCAUCACCCCAAAAGAGCCCCAAGCAGACCUCAAGCUUGUUGAUCUCACAGACAACCGUACAAAUGAAGAGAUCCUUGAGUCGCUUACCAUGCAUGCCCCAGUCAUCUCAGAAAAGAAUGUGCGUAUUCUUGGCUCCGAAUGGACUGUUUGUGUCUUGGAUAUUGUUCCCAAUUCGCCAAACCAUGCUCUGAACCCCGUCUCUGCCGAUCUUCUUCCAGAGGCAUUUGUAAAAGGAAAUAUGAAUGGGCCGUACACAGGGCCCCAUUCUGCCGAUUUUCUUCGUGGCGCUCUUCUUUACACUCAUGGAGGGGUGAACAUGGACGUGGGUUGCCUCUUGAUUAGACACCUGGAUCGACUUUGUUGGAAUGAGCUUGAGGAUUCAAAUUCACCAUACGAAGUAGCCGUGCCAAUCAUGUAUUGCCAAACCAUAGCAAAUCAUGUUGUGGCAGCUCGCAAGAGAAACCCGUUCAUCCAGCGAUGGCAUCAACUCUUCACACACCUUUGGAAAGAUCGCAAUGGCCACGAGGGCAUCUCGGAAGAUCCUCUCAUCGCAUUUGCAAAAGAAAUUGGGGCUGAACAGGCUUCUGAAGCCAAGUUUAUCUGGGAUUUUAAAGUCUCACCACUCACUGUCAUGGAAUACAUCGCUCAACAAACGCACAUCUUCUGUCGGGAUGUCCUCACUGAGAACUGGGGUGGUGAAAUGACAGUAGGCUUUGAAGGAACGGGUCAGAAAAUGUACGCCCUGCUUUCACUGAAGCGUGAUAUUGACCCGAAGUCCGCAGAGUAUAAGAGAGCAUCUGACUUAGUGUGGAGACUGUUGACUACAUCUAGCAUGCAAAAAAUUACUCAUGGUAAGAAUUUAACGCAUUCUGUACAUCUUGGGAUGCUGUGGGAUGACAAUUCAGGCAAGGAUUGCGAAGAGGGGACUUUUGCAGAGUUACUGAGAUACGGAACUAUGAGGUUUAGACAGACGAGGGAGAAGAUUAUGUGCAAAGAGGCAGCCAAAGCAAGGCUACUGUUAAAGAAGGGGGUUCUUGAGCCAUGGAAGAUGAACUAA